GUGGCGCGCUAUAGCUCUGCUCUGCGUAAUCUCCGGUGCUGAAGAUUAGAAUGAGAAAUUUAACAUUCCUCAAUUCACAGAAACCUUUCCGAAUUGAAUCAGACCUGAAGAAUUCUCGAACAAUGCGAAUAAUUUAAACGAAAAUCGAAGCGAAUAAUUAUAAAGAUACAUUGGUUAUAUGGUGUGGUAGACUGGUAGGAGAGUGACGGUGAGGCCAAAUCCGAGGACAAUGAAGGGCAAAUCACCACCGUUGAAGGCGGUUCCGCUGCAAAUGGUAACGCCACGCAAAGACGACGAAUCGUCGGAUCAUCACAAGGUGGGCUCCACCUCCACGCCAGCAGGUUUCAAAGUGCCUGAUGAUUGGUUAGUUGAGGAAAUACCUCGCGCAUGUUGCCCUUCCAACCCACGCAGAGUCGACAGGUAUUACAUUGAACCCAAGACAGGGAAGAAAUUUCGUUCGGUGCCAGAAGUUAAGAGGUACCUAAUGGAUGGAAAUACAGAUGCGUUCACGUCUGAGGUAUCAAAUGAAGCAGGGAACAAAUCUGAUAUGCAAAUUACUCCCCUUAUCACCUGGAGCACCUCAGACUUUGUACUACCUGAUGGUUGGAGGAUCGAGGAAAAGCCACGAAGCAGUGGGAUGUAUCGUGGUAUGGUUGACAAGUAUUAUAUUGAAUCCAAGACCGGGAAGAAAUUCCGUUCGAUGGCAGCUGUUAAGAGAUACCUAACAGACGGAGAAACAAAUAUGUCCGUACCCGAGGUAUCAAAAGAAGCAAGCGACAAAUCUGAUAUGCAAAUUAUUCCCUUUACCACCGGGUGCACCUCAGACUUUGUACUACCUAAUGGUUGGAGGAUUGAGCAAAAGCGACGAGAUGGAGGAAGUAAUCCUGGUAAGAUUGACAAGUAUUACAUUGAACCUGGGACGGGAAAGAAAUUUUGUUCGGUGAUGGCUGUUAAGAGACACCUAACCAAUGGAAGCACAAAUACAUCCACGCCCACAUCAUUAAAACAAGGAAGAGACAAACGUGCUGCAAGUGUGGAACAGAUGCAAAUUACUCCUUGUACCCCUGGCACGACAUCAAACUUUAUACUACCUGAUGGUUGGAUCAUUGAGAGAAGGAAACGUCGCCGUGAUUUUGCGGUUGACAAGUACUAUGUUGAGCAAGAGACUGGACAGCAAUUCCGCUCCUUGAUAGCUGUUGAGAGAUACCUAAGAGAAAAAGAAGAAAAGGAGUGCACAAUGCCACUCAAGGCAUUCAAACAUCCCAAUAGGCAUCACCGUUCGCGCGGAUCUGGUUCUAAGAGUAAAAAUGUCUAUGGAAAGAAUCAUUCCCCAAAAGUUGCCACUGGAGGCCCAAAAGAAUCUGAAGAAAAUGCAACUCCGCCAAAGGAAGUCACACCAGGCAGUGAUCCUACAUCCUCGGAGCAUUCUGAUACUCCGCAGAAAAGCAAUUCUGGGGAGAAAGCUGAAGCCGCAAUGGAUGAUUCUGCCUUCCCGCCAUCAACUAUGAAUUGGGUUCUUGCUGGUCCUGGGGGAGAUAUGUGGACUCCCUUCAUCGGCGAAUCUAUGGUCCUGGAAUCUGUAAAGCAAAAGUGGUCUGAAACCUUUAUAUCAUCCCUCAAUGAUAAUUAGCUCUUAUAAACCAGGUCUUUGAGGUAUGACUGUUUUGUCAAAUUUUUCCGUGGCUUUUAUUGUUUCAGCCCCUAGCCAACUUACAGCUUUAGCAGAUUCUAGAAUAUUGCGGUGCAAGUAGUUUUCAUGGGUACAUGUAAAUAUGAUAGAAGUUAAACGCAUUUGCACCGGGGAAUAUAUCUAGAAGAGUUGGUACUUUUGCAUAUAUGCAUAUUUGAAAUCAGUCCAAUCUCAGCACGCAGAAAAGUUGACCAGUAUUUCAUUAUGAUCCUUCUGAGGAGAGGGUAAUUCAUCUCAUGUACAGAUUUAUUAUUGGAUCUUUCUACACGUUCGUUCUUUUUUCUAUUAUUUUUUAUUAUUAUUAUUGUAGCAUCAUUUUGUCAACUCCAUUACUGAGGACUGAA